AUGGCGUCAGAUGACAAACUGCGGUGCGCUAUAGUGUACCGUUUGGAAGGAGCAGGUCCAACAGCCGUGACAUUGGCUCAGUUGGACUAUCUCAAGGAAGUAGAAACCCACAAGAAGGACAGCGAAGGAGAUUUGUAUGGAGGCAAAAAGGCCAACUUUGCCAAGGCAGUUGCUCGUGUUGUUGGCAAUGAUCCACCUACUGGAGUCAGCCAGGGUCAAAAGGUGGGAGGAUUCAAGGUAGUGCAGUCUGAUGAGCAUCAGGUGGUUUAUGGCGCCGAUCUAGAGGGGAUCUGCUACUGCGUGAUUACAGGACUCAAGUACCCAAAUCGAAUUGCCAUCAAGUUUCUGGAAGAACUAGGAGAAGAGUUCCAAAAGACAAUUGGUCAUGAUGCGCUCAAAAAGGCCAAGGAAGAUUCUCUCACUUCCAAAAAGGAUAGCAAAAAGAUACUGCAGGCCAUGUGCAAAAAGUUUGAAACGCCCGCCUCCUCUGACAAGACCCACAAGGUUCUGGCUCAGGUGGACAAGGUCAAGGAACAAAUGCAAGGCAACAUUGCCGGCAUGAUGAAGAAUCAAGAAUCGGCAGAGAGCUUGAAUGAAAAGUCGGCACAGCUCAAUGAACAAGCAGCUGUCUUUAAGAAGAAUAGCAAGACACUCAAGAAAACCAUGUGGUGGAAAAACAUGAAGACCACCUUGGCACUCGGAUGUGUCUUGGUCAUUGUGGCCAUUCUACUGCUGCUGCCCAUCAUUACCAAUGUGGGCAGCUUUGCCGCCAUGGUGACGGGCGGUGGCGGUGAAACAUCAGAAAGCGAUGGAGGACGUCGUUUUCUUGUCUUUGGUGGUGAUGCAGAUGAUGAAGUCAUCAUGGACAAUGAUGAGGCCGUUUCGUACGAUGUGACACCAGCACGACGAUUCAGGGAUGCAUUUCACAUUUUGGAGGAGUAG